GGGCUACAUGAAUGACCUCCACAGCACGCCGCCGUGAUGUCUGACCAAUCACAUCCAACAGUAUUCAUCAUCAGCCAAUCACCGCGGCUGUUGUUCAGCCAGAGUUGCGCUACACCCCACGCAUGCGCAGAACGCUGCAGCGUGACACGCGUGUGGAGGAAGUGCACUGACAGACGUGCGGCGUUUGCAGCCCUCGCGCUCCUCUCAGAACCGGCAGAACUGUGCUUCGUUUAGCCCGGUACCAUGUCGUGGCUGUUCGGUCUGAACAAGAGCCAGCCCGAGCCGCCUCCCGGUUUACCGGAGCCGCCGCCACCUCCGCCGCCUCCCGCCGGAGGCUCGAGCGGUGGAGGAGAUAAACCCAAGGACAAAUGGAGCAACUUCGAUCCCACCGGGCUGGAGAGAGCUGCCCAGGCGGCCAAGGAGCUCGACAAGUCCCGUCACGCCAAAGAGGCUCUGGAUCUGGCCCGCAUGCAGGAGAGCACCUCUCAGAUGGAGUACCAGAGCAAAAUCAAGGAGUAUGAAGCUGCUGUGGAGCAGCUCAAAGGAGAUCAGAUCCGCAUUCAAGGCGAGGAGAGGAGGAAAACCCUGAAUGAGGAGACCAAGCAGCACCAAGCGAGGGCUCAGUACCAGGAUAAGCUGGCCAGACAGCGAUAUGAGGACCAACUGCGCCAACAGCAACUGUUGAAUGAGGAGAACCUCCGAAAACAGGAGGAGUCUGUGCAGAAACAGGAGGCCAUGAGGAAAGCGACCAUAGAGCACGAGAUGGAGCUGAGGCACAAAAACGAGCUGAUGCGCAUCGAGGCGGAGACGAAAGCUCGAGCGCGCGUGGAGCGGGAGAACGCCGACAUCAUCCGAGAACAAAUCCGACUGAAGGCGGCCGAGCACCGGCAGACCGUGCUGGAGUCCAUAAAAACUGCAGGUGCCGUGUUUGGAGAAGGAUUCAGAGCUUUUGUGUCCGACUGGGACAAAGUGACCGCAACGGUGGCAGGACUAACCCUUUUAGCCGUGGGGGUGUAUUCAGCCAGAAAUGCAACCGGAGUGGCAGGACGCUACAUUGAAGCCAGGCUCGGGAAGCCGUCUCUGGUGCGAGAGACCUCCAGGUUCACUGUAGCCGAAGCCGUCAAGCAUCCUAUCAAGACGGCCAAACGGCUGAAGAGUAAACCUCAGGACGCACUUGAAGGCGUUGUGCUCAGUCCUUCUUUAGAGGAGCGCGUGCGGGACAUCGCCAUAGCAACUAGGAACACGAGGCAGAACAAGGGUUUGUACAGGAACAUCCUGAUGUACGGCCCUCCAGGAACAGGGAAGACGCUGUUCGCUAAGAAGCUGGCCGUGCAUUCAGGAAUGGACUAUGCCAUCAUGACGGGCGGCGAUGUGGCGCCCAUGGGCCGCGAUGGCGUGACAGCCAUGCAUAAGGUGUUCGACUGGGCCACCACGAGCCGGCGCGGACUGCUGCUGUUUGUUGAUGAGGCUGACGCUUUCCUGCGCAAACGAGCGACCGAGAAGAUCAGUGAAGACCUUAGAGCUACUCUGAACGCGUUCUUGUAUCGCACUGGAGAACAGAGUAACAAGUUUAUGCUGGUGUUGGCCAGUAACCAGCCGGAACAGUUCGACUGGGCCAUAAACGACCGCAUUGAUGAAAUCGUUAACUUCGCUCUGCCGGGACUGGAGGAAAGGGAGCGCCUGGUGCGGCUGUACUUCGACAAAUACGUGCUGGAGCCGGCGACUGGAGGACGCCAGCGGCUGAAGCUGGCCCAGUUCGACUACGGCAGGAAGUGCUCCGAGAUCGCCAAACGCACGGAGGGCAUGUCGGGUCGAGAGAUCUCUAAGCUGGGCGUGGCGUGGCAGGCAGCAGCCUAUUCCUCAGAGGAUGGCGUCCUGACAGAAGCCAUGAUCGACGCUCGGGUCGACGACGCCGUCAAGCAGCACCACCAGAAGAUGGACUGGCUGCACGGAGAGGAGGAGGCCAAGAGCUUGACGCCCGCACUGGCCGGGGCCACAGGAAGUGGAGGGAAAAGGGGGUUCAGUCUGCCCCUCAGCCAGGCGCCGCAGGCUCAGGAGGUGAUCGCGGCGGCGUCCGCAGAACGGAGCUCGUCAGCAGGAGUUUCAGCUGGACGGGACUGUGUGGACGAGAAGACUAAAGAGGGGACUUCAGAGCAACCUGCUGCCUCAGCGCCCUCUGACAAGACUGACCCCCCUCCUUCAAAGGAUGGAAGUCCAGUUUGAGGUUCAGAGGGGCUGUGGAUUAGAAACGUUAGCGUCCCGCCCUCCUAGCUAACCUGGAAACGUCUGUGUGGGUUCAGAGGGAGAGAUUAACCGCCAACAUAAACCACGUCUAAAAUGUUCAGUCUAAUGUAUUCAUGUGAACAUAUAUCAGGACUUCCUCUAUAAAUGUCAAAGUUCUGUUUCAUCAUCAAACAUGUUUACAUUUUCAUAGAAGUAAAGACUGAUGAUACUAAAGUGUCA